GCUACUUCACAGAUGCCUUUCUUAGUGCUAGGGUGAUAGUGUACAGCUGUGAGAUCAACGACAAACACGCUAUUCCUGAGAAAGCUUCUCUUUUGGCCUCAGCCCUGGGCAGACCAAGUCUUCAUGCUGCUGUGGGUAUCACUGCUGAUCCUGGCUCCUGUCGGUGGACAGUUUGCAACUGAAGUAAAAUCUGUUAUUUCCCUCCAUCCUCCAUGGACCACUCUCUUCCAAGGAGAGACUGCAACACUGAUUUGCAAAGCACUUCAGUUCAAUGCAGCACAGAAAAUAAAAUGGUACCGUUGGUAUCUUCCUGGAGAAAUACAGACUGAGACAGCACAGAACACCUAUGAGGUCCGUGAAUCUGGAGGGUACAAAUGCCAGGCCCAGGACGCACACUCAAGUGAUCGUGUGGACUUGAUCUUUUCUGCAGCCAACCUGAUCCUGCAGGCUCCAUUUGAUGUGUUUGAAGAAGACUCCGUGGUUCUGAGAUGCCAAGCAAAGGCAAACAUAGUACUAACUAACAUGACAUUGUACAAGAAUGGGAAAAUCCUGGAAACCCUUAACAAAACUUCUGACUUCCAUAUUCAUCAAGCAAGUAUGAAGGACAAUGGUGAAUAUCACUGUAGUGGAGUUAAAGAUAAUCACUUGGUUUCUUCAAACAAAAUUAAAAUCAUAGUCCAAGAGCUGUUUCCAAGUCCCGUGCUGAGAGCCAGCUCCACCCAGCCCACUGAGAGGGACGCAGUGACCUUGACCUGUGAGACCCAGAUCUCUCAACAGAGGCCAGAAGGCCAGCUCCUGUUCCGCUUCGUGAAACAAUCAAACAACGUGGGGUCAGACUGGAAAAACUCCCCAGAAUUCCAGUUCUCUCCCAUACGGAAAGAAAACUCAGGGUCUUAUUGGUGUGAGGCAUGGAGAGUGAAUUCCCAUGUCCAGAAACGGAGCCAGGAAUUACAGAUACAGGUACGAGAAAUUGUCCAAGUACACUACUACCCAGAGUUCGUGUUUGAAGGUCAGGAGCUGGUUCUCAUCUGCUCAGUGAAUGGAGCUACAAAGCCCAUCACAGUCUCCUGGUACAAAAAACAAGACAGACUGCAGAAGGACAUAGAGCUUCAAACUUCCUCAAAAACAGAAUUCACAAUCCCUGUGGUGCAAAACAGCGAUGCUGGAGAAUAUUACUGUAUUGCCAGAAACAGUCGCUUUUCCAAACAGAGCAACUCAGUGAUCAUCAGUGUGAAAGUCCCUGUGUCUCAACCUGUCCUCACGCUCAGACGUCCUGGGACCUGGAAUCUUAUGACAGAUAAGAUGAGCCUUCAGUGUGAAGUUCAGAGAGGUUCUCUGCCCAUCUGGUACCAGUUUUUUCAUGAAGGUGUGCUGCUUGAGGAGAUAAAAUCCACUUCAGAGAGAAAAAUGUUCCAUAGAUUGUCUCCGACUGAAAAGCACUCUGGAAACUACUACUGCACAGCUAACAAUGGCCUUGGCCCUCAGUGGAGUAAGGUUAUGAUCCCUGUGUCUAAACCUGUCCUCACCUUCAGCUCUCCUGGGACCAGGACUUUGGGGGGAAUUCAGAUGAGCCUUCAGUGUGAAGUUCAGAGAGGGUCUCUGCCCAUCUGGUACCAGUUUUUUCGUGAAGGUGUUUUGCUCAAAAAGAGAGAAGCCAUUUCAUGGAGAACAGUGUCCUAUAGCUUCUCUGUGACUGGAGAGAAUUCUGGAAACUACUACUGCACAGCUGACAAUGGCUUUGGCCCUCAGAGGAGUGAGGCCAUGAGACUCUCUGUCACCGUGCCCGUGUCUCAACCUGUCCUCAGCCUCAGCCCUCGUGGAACCCGGACUCUUGUGGGAAAUGAGGUGAGACUUCAGUGUGAAGUUCAGAGAGGGUCUUUGCCCAUCUGGUUCCAGUUUUUUUGGGAAGAUGUGUUGCUCACAAGGACAGAAACUACUUCAUGGAGAACAGUGUCCUAUAGUUUCUCUGUGACUGGAGAGAAUUCUGGAAACUACUACUGCACAGCUGACAAUGGCUUUGGCCCUCAGAGAAGUGAGAGCAUCAACCUCUCUGUCAUUGUGCCCGUGUCUCAACCUGUCCUCAGCCUCAGCCCUCGUGGAACCCGGACUCUUGUGGGAAAUGAGGUGAGACUUCAGUGUGAAGUUCAGAGAGGGUCUUUGCCCAUCUGGUUCCAGUUUUUUUGGGAAGAUGUGUUGCUCACAAGGACAGAAACUACUUCAUGGAGAACAGUGUCCUAUAGUUUCUCUGUGACUGGAGAGAAUUCUGGAAACUACUACUGCACAGCUGACAAUGGCUUUGGCCCUCAGAGAAGUGAGAGCAUCAACCUCUCUGUCAUUGUGCCCGUGUCUCAACCUGUCUUCAGCCUCAGCCCUCGUGGAACCCGGACUCUUGUGGGAAAUGAGGUGAGACUUCAGUGUGAAGUUCAGAGAGGGUCUUUGCCCAUCUGGUUCCAGUUUUUUUGGGAAGAUGUGUUGCUCACAAGGACAGAAACUACUUCAUGGAGAACAGUGUCCUAUAGUUUCUCUGUGACUGGAGAGAAUUCUGGAAACUACUACUGCACAGCUGACAAUGGCUUUGGCCCUCAGAGAAGUGAGAGCAUCAACCUCUCUGUCAUUGUUCCAGUAUCUCGCCCUGUUCUCACGCUCAGGGCUCCCAGGGUCCAGGCUGUGGUGGGGGACGUGGUGGAGCUUCACUGUGAGGCCCAGAGAGGCUCUCCCCCGAUCCUGUACCAGUUUUAUCAUGAGGAUGUCACCCUCGGGAGCAGCUCAAGUCCCUUUGGAGGGGGUGCUUCCUUCAACCUCAUUCUGAAGGCAGAGCAUUCUGGGAACUACUUCUGUGAGGCCAACAAUGGCCAGGGGGUCCAGCGCAGUCACAUGGUGCCACUCAGUGUCAGAGUUCCAGUGUCUCAUCCUGUCCUCACCCUCAGGACUCCCAGGGUCCAGGCUGUGGUGGGGGAUGUACUGGAAAUUCACUGUGAAUCCCAGAGAGGUUCUUCCCCCAUCCAGUACCAGUUUUAUCAUGAAGAUGUCGCCCUGGGGAAUAGCUCAAGCCUCUCUGGAGGAGGAACAUCCUUCUACCUCUCCCUGACCACAGAACAUUCUGGAAACUACUCCUGUGAAGCUGACAAUGGCUUGGGGGUCCAGCGUAGUGAGGCAGUGUCACUCAAUGUCAGAGUUCCAGUGUCUCGCCCUGUCCUCACCCUCAGGACCGCCAGGACCCAGGUUGUGGUGGGGGAUGUAUUAGAACUUCACUGUGAGGCCCAGAGAGGCUCUUCCCCGAUCCUGUACUGGUUUUAUCACAAUAAUGUCACCCUGGAGAACAGCACGUCUCACUCUGGACAAGGAGUGUCCUUAAACCUGUUGCUGACUGCAGAUCAUUCUGGGACCUACUCCUGUAAGGCCGACAAUGGCCUGAGUCCCCAGCACAGUGAGGCAGUGACACUUUCUGUCAUGGGGCUGACAGGGAGCAAAAGCAGCCUUAUUGCCACCAGUGUCACCGGGGGGCUGCUCAGCAUGAUGGCCAUUGCUGCCGUGGCAGUGCUGUUCUACUGCUGGCUCCUGAGAAAAGCAGGAAGGAAGCCUACAUUUGAUUCCUCCAGGAAUCCUUCAGCCCCAGAUCCCCAAGAGUCCACCUACCACAAUGUACCAGGCUGGAUAGAACUGCAACCAGUAUACAGCAAUGUAAAUCCUAACAGAGGAGAAGUGGUGUACUCGGAAGUCUGGAGUGUGAAAAAGGAGAACAAAGUCACAGCGGCCUCUGAACCAGAGCUUUUCAAGAACACGGAUUCCUGUGUCAUCUACUCCCAGGUGAAGGGCGCUUCCACCGCAGCCUCUAAACCCCAGUUCUUGGAUCCAUUCACUCCUCACAGAUGAGUCCACACAACUCCAGAUUGUGUGGGAAGAUUUAAGCCACCCCAGGCCACACCCAGCAGCCAGGGCCCCAAGUGCCCACACCUUUGUCUGAACAAAACACAGGGCCCCAAGGGACUCCUGUCUACUUCCAAAUUGACAGCCUUGCCACACAUCCCAAGCAGCAUAUUGUUCCCAACCCAGGGCCCAUGAUGUUGCCUGGCUUCCUUAUUGUGCUUGAGCUUCACACAUAUCCCCACUACUCCUCCAUGAGGACGACACCUGAGCUCUGCCACAAAUACAACCUGCUCUCAGUCAAUGCUUUUCUCACUUGCCAUCAGUCUGGUAUGGUUAUGGUGGACUCUGCCGAAUGGGAUAGCACACACCCAUGGAGAUGUGUACACUGGGUUUGUUAUAGACCUCUCCAUGGUGGGACUGCAUUCCAUACUCACCUGUCUGUCUGAAACUCUAAGCUCAGCAUCCGGCACCAGGAUAACUUCUCUCCUGCACAUGUAACAAUAUCUGCCUGUCCAAGUAAGUGGAUUUCGCACACUAGGACCUCGAUCCUUCCCAUCCUGCCAGAAGGAACCCGGCACAGUCAUGGCCAGGAGGACCAGAGAUGCAGAUAGGAUACACAUUGAAAUAUAGGAAUGAAUGAAUAUUCAUAGAAAUAUUUGAAUGAAUGAAUGAACAAAUGAGGAAGAUAUUAUGGAUCAUUAUGAUGUAUUCUUACCCUCAAACUGGCAUCUGAUACAGUGUGCUUCCUGGGAAAUCCAAGAAAUAGGAAAUAAAUUCAGAGAAGGAGUUUGAGUGAGGAGAAAUCUGUUCAGAAAGCAAGAAGGCUUCUCAAACUUCAAAGUGCUUAUGGGUCAUCUGGGGAUCGCAUAUUCACAGAUUCUUUUUUUUUUUUUUUCACAGAUUCUUAUUCACAUUUACAGAUUCUUAUUCAUAUUCACAGAUUCUUAUUCAGUGGGCCUGGGUGGAGGCUAAGACCCUGUAUCUAUAACAAGCUCCCAUGUAAUGUUGAUGCUACUGAUCCUAAGAGUCUACUAAUCCUGGGAGUCUACCAAGUACCCAGACCCUGUAGGUUUUGGCAGAGGUUCAUGGAGAAGCAGUGAGGGCUCUGUCUGUCUAUUGCCCAACUCCAUGGGGUCCACUGAUACAGCUCACAUGAUUCCUGCACUGUUCUUCCACCAGAACACCAUCAGCUGCUAUUACUAAAAGAACUUCUCUUCUACAUGCUGGGAUGCAUCAGUCACCCUGGGUCCAGGAAAAAGUAACUGUCACUAUCUUUGUUUCCUCACCUUGGGCCUCAUAUUUUUCCCAUAAAGGGAUUGAAUACACUGUGAAUAAAUACACCCCUUAGUUUUCUCCA